GCUUUCGAACGGGACAGUCGGGUACAGUGAGCAACUAGUAUCGUCUAAUUGAGAAAUCGCACUUUUCCGGUCCGUUUGGUUGUUUGGUGAAUAAAUUUUAAUCCGUUAUCAUACAAAACAAAAAAAAAACAAAAACAUUCCCCUUCUAAACUGCAUCUCGUUCAAUCAUGCCUAAUCUGACAGCUUUUGGAGAGUAAUUUAAACGAUGCGUGAGACGGCGAACAUGUUCACGAGAAAUUCGAUUAGGACCUGCUAGUGGAAUGAAAGAAGGUUUAAAGCUUAAGUGUGUGCAAAAAAAACAGCAAGGUGCAGAAAGGUGUGGCAUUCCAUCUUGACGGGUGGGGUGGAGUGUAGGGAAACAUAAUGUUGAGUGUUGGAAAGUGUUGUAGCUGGUCGGGCGAUGAAUUGGGAUGAAACAAUGAGCAAUGCAGCAACAUGUGCAAUUGGGUGAACAGACGAUAACGACGCAACGAAAAAAAAGGAUAAACCAGUAAAAGAUUUCGAAGAAGUGACAUAACAAAAAUAAGAAGAAGAUUAAAAGUAAUUAAAGUGUUGGUGGAAAAGUUGUUCCCAUUUGUUAAGAAUAUGGUGAAACCGGCGGCAAGAAUAGUGAUAAAGUUUCUAGAAUUAUUAGGUUGUGUGGCGUGUGUGAUUACGAAGAUUAUAACCGACCAUGAGUCACGGCGUGUGUUUGUGAGAAACCAGAAGCUAUCGCGAGAAUGGAGUUUGAUACACAACAUAACCUGGAGCAGUGGAGGAAAUGCAUUUACAAACAUCGUCUACGGGGGAUACACGAUAGUCAUCGCACUAAUGCUAAUUACAAGAUGCGUCGAUGCCAAAUCACGUCCGACCUUGUUUGAGAAGAUUGUACUAUCGCUGGGGACACUAUUGUUUUUCGCGGCAGGAGGACUGGUGUUUGCGUCGAUAGAUCAAGUACAUCCAGAUCUACACGAUAAUGCCAUCAUACUGGGAUGUUUGUCGUUUGCCGUGGCGAUCCUGUUCGUUAUCGAUCUGGCCGAUCCGCUAGCGCGCAUGACCGCGCACAUGACGCAAACCGACACAUCAACGCUCACCGCGACCGAUACACCCGAUAGGGCAAUUGUGAAAAAAGAUGUCGCCACCGAUACUGAACCGACGGUAUUUGUCGUUUCCAAGGGGAAGGAUUCCAACGGUCACCUGCAUCAGCCGCACCAUCAACAUCAAGAUCAUCACCACCAUGAAUAUCCCGAUUCACCGCUCAAUCGAAGCGAAGAAUCAAUCGUAGAACGUAAGGUGUAUCCUUCCGCACAAGUGCCAGUGUUUGCACACGUGCGCGCACCGGAAGAAAGCAGACGGAUUGCGGGGAAAGAAAUUAAAUACCUACCGCGGCAAGAUUUUCGCGAUAGACGAAAUUAUCGCGAUGCUGGACCGGCGAGUUAUGCGACAAAUCGCCCCGCAACGAAUCAACUUAAUGGCCAUCAGACAAGGCACCAGCAUGCGAACGUUCCGCCCGGGAGUUACCACGAUAAUGAUUCGUUCGUCGAAGAUAUUCAACCGUCGCGCAGAAGCACCUACGUACCUGCCGACAAGUUUGACCAGGAAGCGAUGCAGAUGAGUAGCGUACCGAACCACCAUCGGAUGAGACCGCCACCACCGGCAAAGCCUUUAAAUAUAAUACGAACACACUUUGGCUCGAAUCACAGCUCGCCGACCGAAUCGCACCACAGUGCAGAAUGUAGAUGCUCACAGCGUAGUACCAGCACGCGAAAAUUGGAAGAUUCUGGCCGGGAUGAGUUUGACUCUCCACCCAUACGGCCCGGGUUUGUGGCUAAUGCGGCCAAAAAGUGGGAUGAUCGGGCACGCAGCAAAAGUCAACCGAUCGUCGGGUUGAACACUAUGGUUUAAAACAUUCGAAACUACUCUUUUCAAUCCAUUCUUAUUGUUAAGACGUUUUACAUUUGUAGGAAACACGAACAAACUGGUGCGUCUAUUUCGUAUGUUGGAAAUAAAAAAACACACAUAAUAAAGAAAGGAAAAAAUGAUAUGAUUUCCGAAUUGAA